AUGUCGUCGGAAAAAACGAUGGACGAUGUUGGACAAUCGGAUAUAACAACUGGGCUUCUCAACGUAUCUUCGGACAGUGUGUUGAGUGAUUGUGAUGAUCUUCAGUCGGUAAACUAUGUUUGAAAUGUUUUAGGAUAAUGAAGACAAGAUGAACAAGGUUUAAUGCUGUAAACAUAAAAAUGAGGGAAAAAUAUUUUAGGUAACAUUUAUUUUUAGUGGUAAAAUAUGUUUUAGGCUUCCUUUUAUAUAAAUCUCAUCAAAUUUUAGGUAUUUUCGAACUUGAGUGUCUCAGACUUAAACUCUGGCCAUCGUUCCUCCUCUCACGCUACAACUUCUUCAAAUCUUUCUCAUCCGAAUUCAGAAGAUGACUUGGCAGAAGAUCAUGUGCUCACAGUGAAUGAAGAUGCGAUUGUUUAUAUUAACCACGACGCCAAGAUACGUUUUGCAGAAGAAAGAAUUGUUCACGUUACUCGCAAACGGGAUCGGCCGGUAGAUUUUGACAAAGUUGGGUAUCGACAAGUCGCGAAUCCAUGGAGAAGAUACGGCGCUAUGAAGACGAUGCAUUAUUACGGUGGAUGGAUUUCAAAGAGUAAGAAGGACAAGAAUGUGCAUUAUGUUAGGGUAGGUUUGGUUCGAUAAUUUGUAACUUUAAAGUGUUUUUAUAGGUCCAUACAUGUUUUUAAUACAAUUAUGUUUAUUAAAUAACGUUUAAAUUAUUUUAGGCCGGUUCUAACCCUCCACGACCUCCAAAUCAUCCUCAGAUCUCCCUUCAUCACGAUCGCGAGCAAAUGGACCCAAAACUCUUCAGAUGGCAAGUAAAUCGACAAGAUUCGGGGCCACAGUGCGCUAAUUAUGUAGCUGAACAGAUUGCUUUGAAGUGUCAAAUCAUGGACAUUAGAGAUCCGACCAAAAAGAGACGAAUUAGAAAUGCCAAGGACAGUAUCGUCUGUUCUCAAAAUGAUUUUACGUCUAAAGCUUCGACAUCUAGAGCCUUGACGUCGAGAGCUUCGGAUACAAGUUUGACAUCAUCUGUUCCAAGUUCUUCUUUUGCUACAAGUUCAUCUACGACUUCGGAUGCACCAAGUGUUUCUACAGCUGUCUCGGGUAGUAUGUUAUCAACAUCUGACAGUACAAGAUCAACCGAAACAGCUAGAUUGCCGAUGGGGACAAAGAAACGACCGACUCGUGGGAAACUGAUCAAGAAGAACUCAAGAUGA